CAAAACUCAAAUAUUAAUUAAAACCCCGCAAAAUGUCAGGGCUUAAACUGAGCCUGGCAGCUUCAGUCUACGUCAAGCCCGCUCAUUGUGUCCGAACAAUAACAACCGCCGCCGCCGCCCGGCCCCCAUCACCACUCCACCUAUCACGGCGGACGAGUUCCCCUUUCUCACCCUUGACUCAAUUUAGCAAUUUCCGGUCUCCCAAGAAAAACCUACUUCCUUUCUUUAGAUUUCCCUUUCCCACCUGUUUCGCUUCCUCUGCAGACAAUAAGGGAGCUUUACACGAGUCGGCUUCCGGAUGUGAUCGUAUCCUUACGGAUAUGGAUUCGGAUUCCAAAACGUUGCCGUUGAUAGAAACCCAACAACGCAAGCACGGCCCUAAUUUGCCUUCUUCUGACAAUUCUUCUUCCAAAAUUUUUACUUUGCCUACUGUUUUAACCCUUGGUCGCGUCGCUGCCGUGCCCCUCCUGAUUUUCACCUUUUAUGUAGAUAGUUGGUGGGGAAGGCCUUCUACGACUAGUAUAUUUGUUGCAGCUGCCGUUACAGAUUGGCUUGAUGGGUACAUUGCCCGGAAGAUGGGGCUACAUUCUGUCUUUGGUGCAUUUUUGGAUCCAGUUGCAGACAAGCUUAUGGUUGCUGCUACAUUGGUUUUAUUAUGUUCGAGACCUGUGAACGUUGCCAUAUUUAGGCAAGUGCCGUGGCUACUGAUUGUUCCAUCGAUAGUCAUUAUUGGAAGAGAGAUAACUAUGUCUGCCGUUAGGGAAUGGGCUGCUUCUAAGGAUAGUAAGCUUUUAGAGGCUGUUGCGGUUAAUAACCUGGGGAAGUGGAAAACUGCCACACAAAUGGCAGCAUUAACAAUCCUUCUAGCUACUCGGGAUAGCAGUUUCGCAGGAUAUGGGAUUUUAGUAACUUCAGGUGUUCUUUUGCUUUAUAUUUCAGCUGGACUUUCAGUAUUGUCAUUAGCUGUGUAUAUGGGGAAGAUACGGCAAGUAUUAUUAAAGUAGUUAUAUUUACCAUGUAUAUUGAAGGUCGGUUAUUUAUUUGAUCGGAACAAGGAUAAAGCCCUUGCUUUUC